UAUUUUGGAAAGCAUCAUCGGAAGUCGUUCUGUUAACCUGCUAACGAGAAUCAUGUUUUGUUAGCCUUCCUAGCAAGCAGAUUUCAACUGGUUAACCAUAUUUCCUCACGAUUAUGUGUGAUUAAAACGGUUCAGACGCCACUCCUAGUACAGGCGGAGGAUGGCUCACCAACAGACCCCGCCUGAUGUGUCCCACAAGGCUGAGCACCUGGAGUCUGAUAACGAUUCAGACAGAGACUCAGGUGUUGGGGACGAUGCAGUCGAAGAAGCUGAUAGUUGCCAUAAAUGCAACACAACUGAAGUAGACGAGGUUAAGAAGGCAGACGGGAUGGAAGAGCACGGUGUGAAGGACGAGGACUCCACAGUAUUUGUUGCCUUUCAAGGCAACAUGAACGAUGAGAACUUUGCUCAGAAACUUGACUCGGUUCUCAGCGGGAUACCCAAUGUGCUUAAUAUGGGCUCUGCUAAGCUGCAGCCACAGUGUGUAGAGCCUUGGAACAGCGUCCGGGUAACCUUCAACAUUCCCCGAGAUGCAGCAGAGCGUCUCAGACUGUUGGCCCAGAACAACCAGCAGCAGCUCAGAGACCUGGGUAUUCUCUCUGUGCAAAUAGAAGGCGAGGGAGCAAUCAAUGUGGCUGUUGGACCAAACAGAGGACAAGAAGUAAGAGUGAAUGGACCAAUUGGUGCACCUGGUCAGAUGAGAAUGGAUGGUGGCUUUCCAGGUCAGCCUGGCCCAGGCGGGGUAAGGAUGCCCAAUCCGUCGAUGGUUCCACGUGGGCCUGGCAUGGUGGGUCAGCCUAUGUUGCCAGGCAGCAGCGGACAGAUGCACGCUCGUGCACAGAGACCACCUUUGCAGACAGGUUUAGAUGUGAUGGAUCCAAUGAUGAUUUCAGUUCAGCAGCAGCAGCAGCUUCAGCACCAACAGGGUGCUGCACAUGCUUCAGCCCCCAUGUCUGCUCAGGCUGCUCAUCACAUGCAGGCUCUGCAGGCAGGCAGACCAAUCAACCCUGCCGCACUGCAACAGCAGCAGGCCCAGCAACAAGCUCAGCAGCAGGCUCAGCUCUCCCAGCUCGGACCUCGACCUCCAUUCAACCCCACGGGCCCGAUGGGUGUGCCUCCUGGCUGGAAUCAGUUGCCCUCUGGCGUACUACAGCCACCAGCAGCCCAAGGAGGGCCUGCCUGGAGAAAACUCCCCCCUCAAAACCAAAUGGUUCAACGCCCACCGUCACUGGCUACAGUUCAAACCCCCAACCAUCCCCCACCCCCGUAUCCGUUUGGUAGCCAGCAGGCGGGGCAGUUAUUUAAUGCAAUGGGACAGGGGCAGUUACAGCAGCAACAGCCUGCAGGAAUGGGUCAGUUUGCUACGCCGCAACCUAAAAGCCAACAGGCUGGUCCAGGUGGUGUCAGCGGACCACCCAGACCCCCGCUGCCCCUACCGUCAACGUCUGGACCACAGAGCAACAUCACUGCCAAGUCACCUGGAUCGUCCUCAUCUCCAUUUCAGCAAGGUUCUCCUGGGACGCCUCCUAUGAUGGCUCAGAGACCUACGACUCCUCAGGGGUUCCCCCAGGGUGUUGGCUCACCAGGCAGAGCGGCUCUCAGCCAGCAGGGCAACAUGCAGCAAGGAUUCAUGGGAAUGCCCCAACAUGGGCAGCCGGGAGCCCAAGUCCACCCUGGCAUGGCAAAACGUCCCAUGGGCUUUCCAAACAUGAACUUUGUUCAAGGUCAGGUGACUGGCGGCACUCCAGGAGCCCCUGUAGCAACUCAGCAGCUGCAGAACCAACAAAUGUCUCACACAGGAGCCCAGCCAGCAGCAUCUACUCCCAACUCGAUGCAGGGACCACCCCACCCUCAACCCAAUAUAAUGGCUGGUCAGAGUAGUAUGCCGGGACCACCCCCUGGCACUACAGCUGGGGCUAGUAUGGGCCAGCAGCAGCCUGGCCUCCAGACCCAAAUGAUGGGCCUCCAGCAUCAGGCCCAGCCUGUGUCCUCCUCCCCCAGCCAGAUGGUUCAAGGCCAGGGUGGAGGUCAGACUGUCCUUUCAAGGCCCCUUGGUCAAGGGCAGAGAGGAGGGAUGACCCCACCCAAGCAAAUGAUGCCACAGCAAGGCCAGGGGGUGAUGCAUGGGCAGGGUCAGAUGGUUGGAGGCCAAGGGCAUCAGGCCAUGCUCCUGCAACAGCAGCAGCAGCAGCAACAACAACAAAACUCAAUAAUGGAACAGAUGGUUGCCAACCAGAUGCAAGGAAACAAACAGGCAUUUGGAGGGAAGAUUCCACCUGGGGUUAUGCCUGGCCAGAUGAUGCGUGGCCCUUCUCCCAAUGUUCCUGGUAACAUGCCUCAGUUCCAGGGCCAGGUUGGCCCACAACAGAUGACUCCACAGCAGCAGCAGCAAAUGGCUCAGAUUCAGCAGCAGCAGUUACAGCAACAGCAUCAGCUGCAACAGCUGCAGCAGCAGCAGCACCAACAGAUGAACCAACAACAGCCUCAGCAGAUCCCAAUCGCUGGCAAUCCUAAUCAAACUAUGGGAAUGCAUGGGCCACAGAUGAGACUCCCUGCUGGCCAUCAUCUCAUCCAACACCAGCAACAACAGUUGCAACAACAGUUUCAGCAACAAAAACAACAAGUUAUGUUGCAGCAGCAGCAACAACAGGCCGCUCAGCAGCAUCCACAUGUCAUUGGAGAUCCAAAUAGUGGGACUGGGGAGUUAGGUGUGCAGCAGAUGGUCCCUGAUAUGCAAGCUCAGCAGCAGCAAGGCAUGAUGGGAGGCCCCCAGCAUAUGCAGAUGGGUAAUGGUCACUUUCCAGGUCAUGGCAUGAACUUCAACCCACAGUUCGCUGGUCAAAUGCCAGUUGGAGGACCAUGUGGACAGCCCGGUGGCUUUCCUGUUAGCAAAGAUGUUACACUGACCAGCCCACUGCUGGUCAACCUACUGCAGAGUGAUAUCUCAGCAAGCCAGUUUGGACCAGGGGGAAAGCAGGGAGCUGGUGGGGAUAAUCCAGCUAAACCCAAAAAGAAGAAACCACCCCGAAAGAAGAAGCCCAAAGAGAGUGAUGGACAGCAGGAAGUCGAGGGACUUGGUGGCCUUGAUGGGACUGUUGGCAUGGAAGAUGCAGAUUUGCCAAAUCUAAGUGGGGAGCAGGGUUUGGGUUUGGAAAGCUCCGGGCAAAAACUCCCCGAUUUUCCUAAUAGGCCUUCAGGCUUUCAAAAUCAGACUGGAGAACAGAGAGUUCUGCAACAGGUACCGAUGCAAUACAUACAGCAACAACAACAGCAGCAGCAGCAACAACAUCAACAACAACAACAGCAGCAAAUGCAGCAGCAAAUGCAACAUCAAAUGCAACAGCAGCAAAUGCAACAACAACAGCAGCAGCAGCAACAACAACAAUUGCAACAAAUGCAGCAGCAACAGCAGAUGAUACAAAUGCAGAAUCUUCAGAAUGCUCAAGCACAGCAAGGGAUGCCAGGGUCACAAACACCAGGACAAAGUCAACCACAGAUGCAUCAGCUGCAGCAGCAACAACAACAACAACAACAACAACAGCAGCAGCAACAGCAAUCACAACAGCAACAGCUGCAACAGCCCACCCUACAACAACAGCAGCAGCAGCAGAUGAUGAUGAUGAUAAAGAUGCAACAGGAAUCCAAGAAUCGCAUGCCCAUGCCCCCAGGAGGGCAGCUUCCUCCUAGAAGUUUAGGCAAUCCAACAGACGUGCAGAGGCACCCUGUUUCGCAGCAGGGAAACAUGCCUGUAAUGAUUAACCUUCAAGGGCAUGGUGGUGUCCCACCCUCACCUGACAAAGCCAGGGGGAUGCCCCUAAUGGUGAACCCACAACUCUCAGGUGCUGCACGAAGAAUGUCUCAUCCAGAUGUAGGACAAGGACCUCAAGGCAGUGGGUCUGAGGAGGUCUCCACUGGUCCCCACACAAAGCAAGACAGACCUGCUGGCUCAGAAAUUGGAGUUCAACCUGGAAAUGGGACACAGCAGAUGGUUUCCAGCCAGACGUCCAACCCUCAAAUGAUGAAGCAAGGUCCUGGGCAAACAACAAUGCCUCAACAUACUGGGGCCAGUCCUCAGCAGCAGUUAACCACUCAGCCUCAGCAAGGAGGCCAUAUGCCUGGCCUUCAUUUUCCCAGUGUCCCAACGUCCUCACAGAGCUCAAGACCCAAAACCCCAAACAGAGCAAGCCCUAGGCCGUACCACCAUCCCCUCACUCCAACUAAUCGACCACCAAGCACUGAGCCCUCAGAAAUUAACCUUUCGCCUGAGAGACUAAAUGCAUCCAUUGCAGGCUUGUUUCCUCCCAAAAUUAACAUUCCUCUUCCUCCAAGACAGCCAAACCUUAACAGGGGAUUUGACCAACAAGGUUUGAACCCAACAACUCUGAAAGCCAUAGGCCAGGCUCCCCCUAGCCUUACUCUGCCAGGCAACAACAAUAACGGCAAUUUAGGAGGAAAUAACUCUAACAAUCAACAGUCUGCUGGAGCCGGUGUAGGUGUUUUAGGUGCCAAGCAAGAUAAACAGUCUGGGGGUCAGAAUAAAAGGGCAAGUCCUAGCAACAGUCGUAGGUCGAGUCCGGCUUCCAGUCGAAAGUCUGCCACUCCAAGUCCAGGAAGGCAGAAGGCGACAAAAAAUACCAUGAAUUGCCCUCCUCACCAGCAGCCGAUGGUUAACCCUCAAGGACAAACCAUGAUGCUAAGUCCUUCCUCUGUACCACAGAGUCCAGUAUCAAUGCCUUCACAAGCUGGCGGAGCCAUAGAGACACAGCAGAGCCAGAGCUCCCUCCAUGGUAUUCAUGGUAACCCUGUUGAUGGAUUUAGGGAAAAUCAGGGAAUAAUGCCACCAGAGCAGCGACCAAUUGCUCAACCUCCAGCCCAGACACAGCAAUUUAGAGAUUUGUCAUCGCCAAGAAUAAGCCCUCGUAUGCCAGCACAUCAGGUUCUCAAACCUGAUGUUGAGACGCAGGCCAACACAGUUGACAGACCCCCAACACAUCUAGCUACUGGACAGGACUCAGAGGUCUCACCUGCUCUUAAAGCAGCUCCAACAUCCCUUAACCAGUUACUGGAUAAUGCAAAUAUUCCAAACAUGUCACUUCGGCCCUCGCAAACAGGAAAUGACAACAAGUCUGCUUUGGAUCCAGAUAGACCUGUAUCCAGCAGUUCUCAGAACGCAGAUAAGUCAACAUCUGUCGUUACUACAGCCGCUGCUCCUGCUACUGCCGCAAAUGAAACUCCAGCUAUACCUAGAUCUGCUCUAAUUCCUACCAGUGGUUCUGCCUUGCCACCUACUUCAAUUCCAAGCUCGCACCCAUCCACUGCUGCAAACUCUAGUAGUACCCUUAGUCUUAAACACAACCCAUUACCUAGCUUUGUAAAUUCAAAUGUAAAUCCAGCAGCUACUCUUACCAGCUCGGUCUGCACUAACACUAAUGCCAAUCCAGGUCUAAGCACCAGUAUGCCUGCUUCCGGUCAGAACACUUUUGCCUCCUCUGUUAGUGCCAGUUCUGCAGUAAACGCUGCCAGUUCAGCUGUCAAACCAAGCCCCAGUCCAAAGCCUGUGACCAGUGUUCAAUCAGUCAUACAGAUCCCCGCGUCAUCUAGUAACAUUUCCCCCAACCAGAUAACAGUGUUUGUUACAUCAAACCCCAUUACAUCUGCACCUACUUCACAGGUGCCAACAUCAAUGGUGUCCACCAUGGUGGCCGUCCCUAACAAGAAUAUAAGACCUCAAGACAUCCGGCAUCAGAGCUCUGGCCCUCGACCUGCACAAUUUAUUACCACUACACCUGUAUUUAUUAACCCAAUUUUCCAGGUCCCAGCUUCCUCUGUGGCACCUAAUUCAGGAGUCGUAUCACAGUCUGUUACCAUGGUGGGGUCUUUACAGGUCUCAGCUGCAAACAUCCAUCUUUCUCAUGCCCCUAGCUCCUCUCAAACAACAGGGGCUACCAUGACAAGCGCUCAGUCUAACAGGAGUGGUCUUGGACAGGUCCACAUAACCACUAGUAUGUCGCCAUCAGGGCCAGUUAGUACUCUUGUAGCUCCUCAGCAGUUUAACCAAGGAAGCAUCAAACCAGAAACUCCAAGUGAGGCGAGUUCCUCUCAGAAAUCUGCUGUCCCGGUGCAUCAGCCUUCUCCCCACCCAGGCCCGUCUGUAUCAGCUUCCUUUCAGCCACCUCUGGCUUCUCCACCUCCUUGCUCCAGCCCCAUGGCUGUUCGAAAGAGUCCUGUGCCUCCAUCCCCUGCUUCCCAAAUGAAACCAAUGCCCACAUCAGUCACUGUAUCCGUUUCUGGCAAAGGCGACUCCCAACAAACUACUGUAGAAAGGCCUCUGCAGAGUCAUACAGGGGGUGCCCCACAGCAGGUCUUUCUACAUCCUGCUAAUCAGACUGAAACACAAGCUCCUCAUACUACUGUUGUUGGUUCAAAUAAUAAUCCACCUGUGAUUUCUAAAGAAAUCCCCAGUCAAGUUACAGUUCCUACUCAGAUUGUUGGACAGGCUCCUGCACCAGUCUCAGUCCCAAAUCAGCCACCACCUGUAAAUUCUCAAGCUCCCGUUGCGACUGUAGUUGGCUCCGGGGUUUCUUCCAGUGCUUUGCUUUCUGCAGUCCCUCCCAUACAAUCUUCUGUAACAUCUGUUCUUCCGAUUGUUGCUGCAAGCGGACCCAGUGAGGCUUCCCGCAUCACCUCCUCACCUACUGGUAUUCCCAGUGCAGUUCCAGCAAGCCAGACAGAUGUCCCAGCUGCAGACCCUUCUGUGCCGCCGCCAGCAGAAGCAGCAGCAGCAGCAGAAUCCACCCAGGCCACCCCAGCACCGCUGCAGCCAGAAGCCUCACAGGAGCCUGCCUCAACUGAGAAGACGGGUGAAGACAUCUCAACAGGUUCAGAGCAGGGAUGGGCAAAGAAAAGAAAGACGCCCAUCAACAUAGUCCCAAGAGCUGCUGUGGAGAAGCCCAAGGGGCCAAGCAGACGGAGCUCCCGAGCUGAGAAGGAGGCAGAGGAGGAGCCGGCGGUAGACAGCGGCGUCCGGAAGAGGUCAGCCAGGCCUGGAACCAGUGCUGCAGUCAAAGAAACCGCAGCAAGUCCCACCCAAGCCAAACGAAGGAAGUCUAAAUAGGCACAACGGUGGUCGUUUACCUGUGAACUGUACUGUAAAUGUUUUUUUUUCUGCUGUGAAUCAGUUGACCUUAGUUUCUCUGGCUCAGCUUAAAACUUAAACUAGAGGAAGAUACUAUGUACAGAUUGUUUUCUGAAAAAAAAUAAAGCUAUUGUUUUGUUGACGCUUAUGUGUGAUUGUAGCUAGAAUGUGUGUAUACAGUUUGUGUGAAUGUGCUAUUUUUUUCUAUAAAAUGCUGGAUUAAUCAUGAAGAUUGAUAAUGAAACUCACCAUUUACUGUAUGAUUAAGUUGUAAAAUCAAAUUAAAUUUUCUACUGCUUUUGUUCUGUGAAAUGA